AUGCCUGUCAACAAAUCACCCAUGAUUAGUAAAUUAGCAGUGAUAUCUUCCUCUUAUCAUGAAAAACUCUUGACGUUGAAUUUUCAAAAUUUAAGGAAAAGAAGGAGUAAUAAAUCAAAGCCAUCAUUUUCAAUCACAAAAGAAUUCAUCUUGAGAUUCAACGAAACAAAAAAUCCAAAAGAGAAGGAAGAAUUGUUGGAUCUAGCUAGAAAAAAUAUCCUCAGAUGUAAGAGAAAAUUGGGUCUCAAAACCUUGGGCUCUGGGAAGCAUGUUCAUCUUCCUACUGCAUGGACGGAAGUAAUAUAUCUGGCUCAAUGCAAAGGAGAAAUCCAAGAUGAAGCUUUAAAUAUGCUUUAUGCUUCCCUGGACCAUGCUUCCUUUGAUUAUGAUCAUCUGCCUGCAUUAUUUUUUGUUGCGGAAUCAGUUUUAUAUAGACUCUGUUGUGAUGCAUUCCAAAAGGCAUACUUAUAUUCAAUUGAAAUAAAGCUGGCAAAGAUUGGCUAUUUGGUCUUUUUACGACUUUUUAUAUAUUUCCUGCAUGGUCACCUAGGAACUUUUAAACAACAUUUACUUAGGCUUCAACCAUAUUUAUACGCACUUUCUUUCUCUGGAGGGUCAUAUUACAAGUAUCCAAACAUCUUGUCAAAUAUGCAAUUCAUUCUGAAAACCAUGGAAAUAAUAUGUAAAAGAGAACUCCCUUCUGGAUCAAUUUUUAACCCUGUCGAAAACAAGAAAAGCUAUAAGAACAUAGAUUCGGAUAUGGAACAUUUGCCAGUUAAUCAGGGAGGACACGAAGUUAACCACCUGCUCUGGCACUGUGUGGCUGCCUGGUCAUGUGUUCAGAAGAAUAGUCCUCGGUUGAAUAAGGUGCUCGAACAUCUCAUCUUUCAUAAAAUGCAACUUCAAAAGAAAUGCUGGUUGGAUUCAACACUGGCUUUGCUGGUCCUUGGGGAGGCUGCCAAAUUAAACAUGGCCUGCUUGAAAGCUUUAAUGGAAUUAAUGAGAGAUUUUCUUUUAAGCAUUAUGUCUGUUCAAAAUCAGGAAGAAAGCUGCAAGGUAGAUGAUGUUUCCUGGGCCUGGAAUGUCAUCUACAUAUACACAACAAUUCUUGCAGAAAUUUGCUUGUAUGCAGCCACUUCUAAUUUGCGAAAAACUGCUUUUAUUGGUUUCUGUGUCUGUACAAGAUCACAAGAAGACAUUUUACUCAUGGAUAAAUCAGAAGAACCACCUAAAUGGAAGGAAGCAAGUAUUUUAGGUCUUUUGGACUAUUUCUCUUCAAAAAUGUCAGAUAAUUGUAAUCCAGUGAUAUGGAUUGGAUACUAUGGCUUAGUGUAUAACCUGGUGAAAAUGUCAUGGGAACUUCGGGGAGAUGAUGAGCAGGAUGGAUUUAGAAACAAAAUAUUACAAACAUUACAGAAGACCAAGGAUCAUGAGAAAGACAGGCGAAUCCAUAAUGCAGUAAAUAUAGCUCAGGCUGAGUUAAAUGACCCAACUGAUCCCUUCACUAAUUAUAGUGCAAAAGUCUCAUCAAAUGUAGGGGAUGAAAUUUUCUCUAAAUAUAUAGGAUGGAGAAUUGCCACUGCUCUUUCCAAACUCUUUUUCCCCUCCACCGAUGCCUACGUUCUUCCUUUGAAAAAACCAUUGACAAAACAGGAUCAAAUGAAAUACCUGAACAAAAAGGAUUCUGUGAAGAGAAGAGUUGUACAUGUUACUAUAAGGGAACAUCCUUCUUUAUCAGAACUUCCCAUGUUUUCUUAUCCGGAUUUCUUCACCAGAGCUGAUGAAGAAUUGGCAAGAAUCAUUGACCAUCAUUGGCAGGAAGAGCUAAAGAUCCGACGGAAAGAAGAUGCAAUAUGUGAGGCCCAAGAACGUAAAGACAAAGAGUUAGAGGAAAAAAAUCACUUCAGAGAAAUUAUGAAGAGAAGAGAAGAGAAACUACACAAGCAAACCAAACCCUACGAGCUUCCUCCUAGGACUGAAGUAAUUUCAUUAGAAAUAAAAUGA